AUGUCGUCUUGUAAGGAGGAAGCGGACGCCAUCCUCUUCCUCUUCUCCUUCACCGACCGCUCGUCCUUCGAGGAGCUGCCAGCUCACAUGAGCCGGGUGGUCGGCCCUGAUGAAGAAAACCUCGUUAGGGUGGUCGUCGGCACCAAAUUCGACCUGUCCUCCCAAGCGGACGUGACGGAGGGGGACGUGACAGCCUUCGAGGCGACCUGGGGGCUGCCGGUGCUGCGGGCCAGCAUGGUUCUGCUGGACUUUGCCAAGGCGCAGGGGGAGCUGGGCUGGCUCGCCCAGCCCUACGGCAAAGGGUGGGACCUGCUGCAGUACGUUCUGAACGACUCCUUGAUCUACAUCUACUCGGUGUGCAAAGUGCUGGAGGGCGAGCAGGAGAACUGGCUCCGCACCAACUGGAUCUACCGCGGGGUGGCCCAACGCGUCUUCAUCGAACUCCAAUUCACUGUCCGCGACUGCAACAGUUUCCCCACUGCCGGCGGCGGUUCCUGCAAGGAGACCUUCAACCUCUACUACGCCGAAUCCGACGUGGAUUACGGCACCAACUUCCAGAAGAGACAAUUCAAGAAGAUCGAUACCAUCGCUCCGGAUGAAAUCACCGUCCAGGAUGAUUUCGCUUCCCGCAACGUUAAACUCAACGUUGAGGUGCGGUCGGUGGGACCUCUCAGUCGGAAAGGUUUCUACUUGGCUUUCCAGGAUUUGGGAGCUUGCGUGGCGUUGCUUUCCGUUCGGAUUUACUACAAGAGAUGCCCGGCUGUUUUACGGGGUAUGGCUCGCUUUCCCGAAACGGUGGCCGGUGUCGACUCGCAGACCUUGGCCGAGGUACGGGGGACCUGCGUGGAGGAGGCGGUGGCCGACCAAGCUCCCGUCCUGCACUGCAACGCCGACGGCGAGUGGUUGGUGCCCAUCGGGGAGUGCCUGUGCCGGGCCGGCUACGAGAAAGUGGGAGAGAGUUGCCAAGGUAGCGUUUGGGGGGGUAAAUUGGGAUUUGGGGAAGGAGAAGCGGUGGUUGGAGGGAUCUGGGGGGGGGCUGAGGACGCCCCAACUCAGUGCGUGCCAGGGGUUAGAAGCGGGAGGGUUGGAAAAAUGAGGUGUUGGCCCCCAAAUUCCCCAUCCUGGUCCCCCACCCUGGGGCGGGGGCCCCGGGUGCCGCUGGGCGGCCCCCCCCCCGCCGACCCCGGCGGCCGUGGGGAUGUCACCUACAGCGUCACCUGCGAGCAGUGUUGGCCGGAGAGCGGGGAGUGCCGUCCCUGCGACGGGGGGGUCCGCUAUUCGCAGCCCCCCCGGGGGCUGACGGGGACGGGGGUCACCGUCACUGACCUGGAGCCACACGUCAACUACACCUUCACCGUCGAAGCCCGGAACGGGGUGUCACCCUACAGCCACCACCGUAGCGUGGCCACCGCCACCAUCAGCGUCAACCAGACAGAGCCACCCCGGGUGACAUCGGUGAGCCUGGAUGGACGGACGGCCACCAGCUUGGUCCUCUCCUGGACGGUGCCACCACGGCAGCAGAGUCGGGUCUGGAAGUACGAGGUCACCUACAGCAAGAAGGUGGAUGAGAACAGCUACUCGGUCCUGCGCUGCGAGGGCACCUCUGUCACCAUCCCCAAGUUGUCCCCUGCCACCGCCUACGUGGUGCGGGUCCAGGCGCUCACCCAGGAUGGCCACGGCGCCUACAGCCCCCAGCACGAGUUCGAGACCCUGCCCGAGGGUGAGGACCAAGGGGGGAGCUGAAUUUUGGGGUGGGGGAUCCAGAGUGUGCAUGCUGCUCUCCUUUACAUUCUCCGGCGGAGGAGGAGGGCACGGCCACGCCAGUCCGCCGAGGAUGUCUACUUCUCCAAGUCAGACCAGCUGAAGCCCCUCAAGACCUACGUUGACCCUCACACCUACGAAGACCCCAACCAAGCCAUGCUCAAGUUCACCACCGAGAUCCCACCAUCCUCCAUCACCCGCCAGAAGGUCAUCGGUGCCGGUGAAUUUGGGGAGGUCUACAAGGGCACCCUGAAGCAUGGGAAGAAGGAGGUGCCGGUGGCCAUCAAGACCUUGAAGGUGGGCUACACGGAGAAGCAACGGGUGGACUUCUUGAGCGAGGCCACCAUCAUGGGCCAGUUCUGCCACCACAAUAUCAUCCGCCUGGAAGGGGUCGUCUCCAAGUACAAGCCCUUCAUGAUCAUCACUGAGUACAUGGAGAACGGCGCGUUGGAUAAAUUCCUGCGGGAAAAAGAGGGGGAAUUUGGCGUCAUCCAACUGGUGGGGAUGUUGAGGGGCAUCGCCGCCGGCAUGAAGUACUUGGCCAACAUGAAUUACGUCCACCGGGAUCUGGCGGCCCGGAACAUCUUGGUGAACAGCAACCUGGUGUGCAAAGUGUCCGAUUUUGGGCUCUCGAGGGUGUUGGAAGAUGACCCUGAAGCCACCUACACCACCAGCGGUGGGAAGAUCCCCAUCCGUUGGACGGCACCCGAAGCCAUCUCCUACCGCAAGUUCACCUCCGCCAGCGACGUCUGGAGCUACGGCAUCGUCAUGUGGGAGGUGAUGUCCUACGGCGAGCGACCAUACUGGGAGCUCUCAAACCACGAGGUGAUGAAGGCCAUCAACGAGGGCUUCCGCCUCCCCGCCCCCCUGGAUUGUCCCUCCGCCAUCUACCAGCUGAUGAUGCAAUGCUGGCAGCAGGACCGCAGCCGGCGCCCCAAAUUCGCCGAUAUCGUCAGCAUCCUUGACAAGCUCAUCCGCGCCCCUGAGUCCCUCAAGGCAUUGGCGGACUUCGACCCCCGGGUCUCCAUCCGCCUGCCCAGCACCAGUGGCUCCGCGGGGGUGCCCCUACGCCGCACCCCCGAGGCGUCCAUCAGGAUGCCCCAGUACACGGAGCACUUCAUGGCCUCGGGCUACAGCACCAUCGAGAAGGUCCUGCAGAUGACCAGCGACGAUAUCAAGAAAAUCGGGGUGCGUUUGCCGGGGCACCAGAAGCGCAUCGCCUACAGCCUGUUGGGGCUGCAGGAGCAGGUCGGCGCCGGGGGGGUCCCCAUUUAA